AUGGACGCAUUUGUUGGCUCUUGGAAAUUAGAAAACAGCGUUGGUUACGAGGAUUAUCUGGCCCGUAUUGGAGUGGGCCUUAUCACGCGCAAGGCCUUAAACGGGGUUAAACCAACGCUGACGAUCAGCCUGCUCGGUGAGAAAUAUGUCAUGAAGGAGGAGAGUAAAAUCAAGAGCACAGUAACAGUCUUUGAAAUGGGGGUGCCCUUCGACGAGCUCACGCCUGCCGGACAGCCAGUGAAGUCUGUUAUUACCCUAGAAGGCCUUGAGAUGAAGCAGGUUCAGACUGGCCCCCUCAAGAAGAUCGAGAUCACGCGCGUGGUUGAUGGCGCCAAUUUGAAAACGGUUAUCCGGGUGGACGAAAUAACAUGUCAGAGGACUUAUAUGCGACUGAUGUAA